UCUCGUGUUGAGUUGGCAGUUGGCUUGUUAAAGUUCGUGCCUUCGCGGUGAUAUUGGUAAGGAUUCUCAACAAUGAAUGUUUGUUGUUAGAAUCCAACUUUAUGGAGUUUCUCAUUCUUUCUGUAUUGUCGCUUUCCAAACUCAGCAAAUGGAUCUUUCUUCCCUCGCCCUUUUCAAUUCGCUGUAAACGUGUGGAGUUUCUUCCUGAAGAUCUAAACGAUGUGAACUGAAGUUGUGGCAGGAAGUCAAAAUGCCUUUCAGGAAAGCUCAUAUCCUCAUUAUUCUGCUUGUUGCAAUUGUGCUUUUGAUAGUUAUGCACCAUAAUCUAUUCAAUGCUAAUGACCUAUUGAGGAAGGAGAAUUCCGAUUCAAAAUAUAAUGGAGUACGGAGGAUUGCACAAGAGAGAACUGGUGAAGAGAUUCCAAUUCUGAUCCCAGCUGUGGAGGAGCGACUUGGAGGCGUAAUAGCAGCUAUAAAUAGUAUAUAUAGUAACACCAGGUCAAAUGUGAUCUUUUAUGUAGUUACAACAAAUGACACCAUUGAACAUUUAAGAGCUUGGCUUCAGAAGGAAGAACUGAUGGGUAUAAAGCAUAAAAUUCUUAGAUUUGAUCCUCGUGUUCUGAAAGGCAAAGUACAAGAUGAAGGUGAUUCAACUGAAAUAAAACCAUUGACUUUUGCAAGGUUUUAUCUACCUAUUUUGAUUUCUGCAACAGAGAAAGUCAUUUACCUGGAUGAUGAUGUGAUUGUGCAAGGAGAUAUCCGUGAACUUUAUGACACUGAGCUGAAGGCAGGUCAUGCUGCAGCAUUUUCUGAAGAUUGCGAUUCUGUAUCUUCAAAGUUGUUGGUUAGAGGUGCUGGAAGUCAGAACACAUAUUUGGGAUUCCUUGAUUAUAAAAAAGAAACCAUUAGGAAACUUGGUAUGAAGGCAAGCACAUGCUCCUUUAACCCUGGUGUUUUUGUAGCUAACCUCACCGAGUGGAAGCAGCAGAACAUCACAGAGCAGCUUGAAAGGUGGAUGGAAAUCAAUGUAGUGGAGAACUUGUAUGGUGGUGCUCUGGCUGGCAGUGUUACAACACCCCCCAUGCUCUUGGUGUUCUAUAAACAAUACUCUUCCAUUGAUCCAUUAUGGCAUGUGAGGUAUCUUGGGUCUAAUGCCGGUACCAGAUAUUCAUCGCAUUUUAUUAAAGCUGCCAAGUUGCUUCAUUGGAAUGGACGUUUCAAACCAUGGGGGCGUACCUCUUCUUACAGUGAUAUUUGGGACAGAUGGUACAUUCCAGACCCCACUGGAAAAUUCCACCCAGUACGUAGACAUGCAGAGGAUGAAGAAGCUCAUUAGAAGAAAACAAUAAAUGUGACUUUUUAAUCAUUAGCUUAGUUUGUACAAAAGUACCACCACUCAGGAAUUUGUGAUUCAAUCCAUUCUAAUUGUGCAUUCAGAUUGCUUCAUUUUUUAGGCUGUAUUUAAAUGCACAACAAAUGAGACCACAGGUUUUACCGCUAUGGAGAAAAUUGAGGACUUUUAGUCAUUCCUGAUCCUAGUAAAAUAAGAUGUUCAAAUCCUGUGUAAGCCUGGAUGAAAUAAGGACUUUGUUUUAGCCCAGGUAAGACCACAUGUAUUAUUAAAUAUUUUAAUAUUGAUCAUGAAACUAUUAUUCAUUCAGUCCCGAUUGAAUCACUUUUACUUUUUAAAAAAAUUAACAAAAUAUCUUGAAUGUUAUCGUCAAAAUCACAUUGUUCUCCUUAUUGGAAAAGAGAUGUUAGGAGAGAAGCUAUUUAAGACAAUCGUUUUAUUCCAAUUUUUGAUACAGAUUUCACAUUGUAUUAUAAAUUUGCAUUCUUGCAUUUGUUUAGUUCCAAAAUAACUGCAACAUCCAUGAAACAAUUAUAAAGCAAAUGAAAACUUAACAGGAACUGAAAUUUCUUCAAACUUGUAUUAAUACCCCAUGUCAUAUUAAGUAUUUGAUGUCAUUAAAUUUUGCACAUUAAGACACUUAAACAGAAA